CUGAGGACUUCCGGCUUUUUUUUCCUUGGUGUUUACGAAGCAACUUGGAGCUCUCCGUGAUUUCUGCGCCUUUAAACGAGGCGGCGUUGUGUGAAGCAGCCAUGAAUGCCUCGGACAGUGAUGAUGAAGUCUACAAUGAGAGGACGGCGCUGGUGCAGUCAGAGAGUCCCGUGGUGCCGUCGUACCAACCGGAAGACAACCUCGCUGCACCGGAGACCACGCCCAACAAAAGAAUGAAGACAGGGGUCACCCGGAGGUCGAGUUCGGCACCGAUAGAAGGCAGCGGCUCGGAUCAGGAUGUGGACGCCGAUGAGGAGGAGCUCCCGCUGAAGUACGGCGCGAAGCAUGUCAUCAUGCUCUUCAUCCCUGUCACGCUCUGCAUGGUAGUUGUCGUGGCGACCAUCAAGUCCGUCAGUUUCUACAGUGAGAAGACCAACCAGCAGCUGAUCUACACACCCUUCACUGAGAACACGGCGUCGGUCGGACGGCGGCUGCUCAAUUCCGUCCUCAACACCAUCAUCAUGAUCAGCGUCAUCGUGGUCAUGACCAUCUUCCUGGUGGUCCUCUACAAGUACCGCUGUUACAAGUUCAUUCAUGGCUGGCUGAUCCUGUCCUCCCUCAUGCUGCUCUUCUGGUUCAGCUUCAUGUAUUUGGGGGAGGUGUUCAAGACCUACAACCUGGCGGUGGACUACCCCACAGUCGGCGUGAUGAUCUGGAACUUCGGGGCGGUGGGGAUGAUCUGUAUCCACUGGAAAGGCCCCCUGCAGCUGCAGCAGGCCUACCUGAUCCUCAUCAGUGCCCUCAUGGCCCUCGUCUUCAUCAAGUACCUGCCUGAGUGGUCUGCCUGGGUCAUCCUGGGAGCUAUCUCCAUCUAUGACCUUGUGGCGGUCCUCAGUCCGAAGGGUCCUCUGAGGAUGCUCGUGGAGACAGCCCAGGAGAGGAACGAGCCCAUUUUUCCAGCCCUCAUAUACUCCUCCGCCAUGAUGUGGUCAGUGGGGAUGGCGAGCCCGGCCGAGACUCAGCGCUCAGAAACAGAUGAGGAGGCGGAGCAGAGCAUCAGAGGGGUGGACCCUCAGAGACAGGCAUCAAGGUCGAUUCAGGAAGACGAAGAGGACAGAGGGGUGAAGCUGGGUCUGGGGGACUUCAUCUUCUACAGCGUCUUGGUGGGGAAAGCAGCAGCGAGCGGAGCAGACUGGAACACUACACUCGCCUGUUUUGUGGCAAUUCUCAUCGGUCUGUGUCUGACUCUACUGCUGUUAGCCAUCUUCAGGAAAGCUCUGCCUGCGCUGCCCAUCUCCAUCACCUUCGGCCUCAUCUUCUACUUCUCAACAGACUUCCUGGUUCAGCCCUUCAUGGAUAAUCUGGCUGCUCAUCAGUUUUACAUCUAACACACACACACACACACUCUGAUUCCGGUUCAGUGUAAAGGAGUGUAAAUAACAAGCAUGAGGAUCUCGGCUUUGAUCCUUGAGGAACUCCCCUCAUGAAGGCAGCUCCUUGUGAAGCAAAGGAUAUUUUUCAGUUUGACCUCCAAUUCAAACACAAACUGUACAUCCUUCAACAGAACUCGUCGUAUUUAUUUUAAUUCUCACAGAAACUGGUCAAACCUGGAUUUGUCCUGCAGCCUGGUGAAACUUGGCCUUUUAAGACACCUCUCAUACGCACACUUUUUUUUUUUAAAUACAUUUUUCACAUUUUGUGUGACUCUUGAUAAAUUCAGUGUCAUUCCCCUGUUGUCUGUUGGUUGUACUAAAGUUAGCAUGUUGACCAGCUAGCUCCAGCCUGUCUGGCUUGUUAAAAGCACAUUCAGGUUGAUUUGAAUUGAAUCACGGAAACGAAAAACGCUACUACAACUGCGGAAUGCACAGGAGCGGAAAAGCACAGAUUUACAUUCUGCAGCUUUGAAGUACAAAGAAAAUCAUUAAGGAGGAAGUUAAAUAGUAUAGUUUGAGUUUUUGGUGUAAAUAAUAGAUAAGAGGGUCCCAGAGUAAAUCCCAGUGGAACUACUUGUUUCUAAAUAAACCGUAUUUGAA